CCGCUCGCAGAUGACUCUAAACUCUCCCAUCCAGGGGUUUGUUGGUGUCUCUAGCCAUCAUUGCCUAGCAAGCCUGCCCGACGAGGCUGAUAUCCCCCACCUUGGCCAUAAAUAAACUCGAUCACGCCUGACGUCCCACCGGAAAUCCACUACCACCCCACUCCCUCGACUUCGAUAUUUCCCUCACAAACAUGCCAAAGCCCGAGGUGGCCUUCAUCUCAGGCCCGAUCGACACCGGCCCCGGGGCCGAAUACUUCAAGACCCACUACGUUGCCCCCAUCAACGCAGCCAUCACCCGCGACCACCGCUUUGUGAUCGGCCCCAUCCCCAGCGGCGUCGACGCCGACGCCCUGGACUACCUCCUCGCCUACCCCGUCGACCCGUCGCGGAUCACCAUCUUCGUCACGGAAACCGAAGACCAGAUCGCGGGAGAUGGAUUCCGCGCCCGCGGGGUGAACGUCCAGGUUGUGGGCGACCGGACGACUCUGCCCCGGGAGCGCGACGCCGCCAUGACUGCAGCCAGCACGUAUGAUAUUCUACGGAUCCGGACGGAGGAGGAAGCGCAGGAACUCUACGGGCGCGCCUACCGUCCGGGCCACAUGACCAACACAGAAUUCAACUGGAAGCGAAGGAAGGGGUCUCCCACGCGAAAAGCCCCAGAUGGGUGGGCGGAGACUUCACCGUCGCGCGCGACGCGCAAGAACGGCUGGCUGGGAAAGCUGUCGGCGAAGCUGCCCAGGUGAUACGGCUGUGGCGCAGCUCAGAUAGGAAUAGACCCCUCGG